CAUUCCAACAUGAAAACCAAACAGCCCAAGGAAGAGUCAGACAAGAGUAUAGAUGAGGAAACAGUAGUGGAACCAAAGACCCGAGCCAGGAAAAAGGCCUCCGACUUGGAAGAGGAGAAAUCAAAGACCAGCCAAGAUGAACCAAAGGCUCCACAGGAAAUUAAGAAGCCAGCAGCCAAACCAAAGGCGGUAGUGAAGAAACGGCCACUUGGUAUACGUAAAACGAAAAAUUUGAGAGGCAAAAAAGUGGCAUUAGCAAAGAAAAAUGUAAUCAAACAAGCAACAGCACGGGGAAGAAAACCAGCUGUAAAGAAACCAGAUAACUCUCAAGAUAAGGAAGCCGUCCCAUUGAUACCUGCAUCUGAAAUUAAAAAGGAGCCUGUUGACGAAACUACACCUAAUUCCAGAUCCUCUAGCCCAAAAACAACUGGUCGCAGAUCUAGAUUAAGUUCUGAUAUGGUCAUGAUGAAGUCUGUCUUAGGUGACUCUCCAAGCAGCCUCAUUCUGGGUCCUCGGACAAGCCCUUAUUCAAUGCGUUCUGAAAGAAGUAAUAGCCCUUCCUUGUUUGAAGGCAAAAACUUAAGGAGCGGCAAACCAAGAAAAGUUAAAAACAAUUUACUAAAUGAAGUUGUUAUCAAAGAACAGAAGAAAAGGAGAAGACUGUUAUCAGAUUCUAAACCUGAGACGGCAGAGACUUCUGAAGAAUGUAAAAAGUUGAAGCGAGGCCGCUCCUGCUCAAGAGAUGGCAGUGAGAUAUCCAAAUGCUCAGACAUCACAGAGUCAGAUGUUAGUCUCAAUGAAACGCUUAAUGAAACUGAAAAUAAGGAGCUCAACAAACAAAUAGACAAACCUAAGACUGAACUAGAUGUAGAUAUUGAUACUAAUGUACAGAUCUCGACUAUUGGAAAAGUGCCUUCCCUUAAUGUUGACUCCAAAACAGAAAUCAAACCCGACUCUGAGCCUAGUUCUUUGACGAAGGAUAAGAGAAGAUUGAGCUUAAAAAGAAGUACUUCAUUAGAUUCCGACAACAAUAAUAGUAAUAGGAUUAAGAUAAACAAUUUAAAUUCAUCAGACAUUGAACUCAAAUUGUUUGAGACUGAAAAUGAUACGCUUUUAGAGGAUCGUAGUAGUAUAUUAAAUUGUAUGUCAAAGACAUUUAAUUCAAAGGAAGUUUCGAAGAAUAUAAGGAAGGCAAGACGAGGUAAGAAGGCUGCAGCAACCCCAAGGUCUACCGCAGGCCAAAAUGCCAAAAAUGGUACUCUUGCAAAUGACUUAGCUGAUGACAAACCUGAUACUGUCGAUAGUCUUACUAAGGAAAUUAAUGAUCUCAUUAAUAACUUGGAUCAGAAUAUAGACUGCGAUCAAGAUCAACCAAGUGAAGCUAGCACAACAGUUGUGGACCAGAUGCAAUCUAAACCCGUCAGACAGUUCUAUGGAUUAUCAAAACCCCUUGGAGAUAAUAACAGUAUUGUAGCUCCGGACACUCCAGUCAAAGAUAAAGAUGGUAACCUGGCAAUAGCAAACGAAUGCACACCAUCUAAGAAUGAUGAUAGUGAAAAUAUAAGACUACAUUACGAAGAAGAUUCUGCUGAAAAAUCCACAGAUAAUAGGCAAGAGAUUACUUACAAACGCACCACCGUAGCUAGUAUAGACAAACUAAUGGACAGGCUCAAGGAAUUUGAAGAGUUUGAUAAGAGAAGACAACGCCAAGAGUCCGAAUCUAAAUCCACAGACAGCAAAAGUGUUAUGGUCACAAAUGAUGUGGUCUUAAUACCCAAAUCUGGAGCUGAUAUCAAACCAUUAAAAGAUAUGCAACCUGCAAAAUCUCCAGAGAAGGUGAUAGAAAAGGAAAAUGUGUUGAGUUGUUUCGAAAACAAUUCUGCUAUUUCUAUAGUGAAAAGGGAUCAAGUACGUCGAUCCAUUGAUGUGGAACUUCCCAAUUCGGUGACGCUGAUUAAAAGAAACAGCGUAAGCGCGCGAAAAGAAUCCACAAGCUCAAAUCACUCCAGAGAGUCUGAUGCUAUAAGUAUUUUCGAGAAGUCAUUAGGUAAAGAUGUGACAUUGACAGAAAUAAGGAAAUCUGUUGACAAACCAGUUGUGACCACAUCACAGAUUGAUUUACAUCAAUUUGCAACCCUACAGCCUAAUAACUUGACACAAACUAUAGGAGGUGUGACGUUAGAUUCCAGCCAGAUAUCUAUUACACCGCGAAGUGUAGAGGCCAAAUUAAACAGUAAUGAUGUGCAAAUAACUAAAAGGAGCUCAAGGGAUUCUUUAUCCAGAAAGUCGUCUGGUUCAGAAUUAGACGAGAAGAUGGCAACCAUAGAAAAAAUCAAGUCACCACAACAUCAAAUUAAAUCGCCUGAAGUAUCUAUUACGCCAACACCAGUAGCAGUUAAAUCGCCGGAGUCAACACAACCAGUGGAAACAGAGGCACUAGCACCUCCAUUAGAGGAUGUUAAGACUGUUCCUGAGGAACUAGAUAAAGCAUCGCAGAGCGUAACGAAACUCGAAUCAGCUGAUAAAAAGGAAGUCAGUAUUCCUGCACCCGAACCGGUAAAACAAGAUUCUGAAGAAGAUAAUAAACCAAAAACAGCUGUAGUCGAACCUGAAAUAAAACAAGACACAAGCGCUCCAAAGGAAGUAGAAAGUGACACAAAACCUGACGUCACUCCUGAAGUAAAACAAGACGAAAUAAAGAAAGUAGAGGAGGUAAAGCCAAAAACGCCCAAGAUAAAAUCGGCGCGUAAUUCGACGGAAAUGCAAGCGGGGCCGAGUAACAUGCUUCACGAGACGCCAGAGAGCCAGAAACGCAAAGAAAAUGUUCUACGAACGUUGGGUCUGCUGACGCACAAGGCGGCGAAUGAGGCUAAGAUAAAGAAACUUCGAGAGAAGGAGUUUAUAUAUGGGGCGAAUUAUACUAUGAUGGGGAAGGGGAAAGCGUCGAAGUCUGAUUACACGGGCACGCUGAAGACUGUGAUAAAGUUGAACAGGGGGAAUGGUGAUAAGAAGAAGCAUAGGAGUUCCUUGAAAAUGACCUUCCAAAAGAGCAAGAAUCGAGGCAAGCCGCCCAUGGAGAUCGGCGAGGCGGGCAGCGAGGAUGACGCCUACUACACCAUAGAACGAAGAGAGGGCGUCGCCGGCGCAACAUCGGACGAUGGGGAAGCAGUCCCAGAGCCGGAACCGAAAGAGACCCUGAACCUGGUGAUACCUGAGAAGGCGUCAUCGUUCAGUAUCCACCCGGGGAGGCUGUGCAUGGACCAGUGUUUCUACUGCGGCGGCAAGUUUGGCCUGUUCGAUACGCCAUGCCACAUUGCGCAGAUGAAGAGCAGCGAGAGGCAGAAGAAAGUUUUGGACAACGAGGAGAAACUGACGAUAGACAGUUGCCUCUGCGACGCGUGCUACCGCCACGUGGACCGGCGCGCGAACUGCCCCUCGUACAGGAAGCGGCCCAUCGGCAAGCCGCUGGAUCUGCCCCAACCGACCUCGCCGCCUAACACCGCCGGUCCCGAGAAGCCGGCGAGCCCGCCGCUAGAGGAGGAGAGCGAGGAGGAGCCGCCGGAGGCGCCCGGGCGCCUGGCCGCGUGCCACACGAGCGGCUGCGGCGCGCCGGCCGACCACACCAUACGCAGGAAGUGGCUCAUCAAGAUGCGCUCCAGCGUCAACAAGCUGCUAAAACUAGAAGGCGACUACCCGGGCCUGCACACGAUCCCCCUCUGCGGGGAGCACUACCGCGCGCUCGCGCCGCUCAUGGCGUGCGUGCUGUGCCGGCGCAGGCUCACCAAACACCACAAUCUGCACUUUAUACACCAUGGCUACACGGACCUCAACCCGCUGUUAAAAGAGGCCGGCGUGCCCGUGCAGUUCACGGAGCGGCCGGUGCUGUGCAAGGUGUGCCGGUACUACUGCACCUUGCUGCAACGCCCGGGCCAUAAUGAUAACCACGCUAGGGCUUAUCGGCGCAAAUUACUUCAGAUAUACAAUGUAGAAAUACCGCCUGAGUUAGAACAAGAAACGGAAGACAACGCCGCACUAGAAGACUGUAACAACAGCGCAAACAAACAGAAGAAGAAAACAAAGAUCAAAACCAAACAAAGGAAAUCCACCGAACCAGAAAAGGACAGCGAAUCUUCCGAACGGACUACGGAAAGCUCACCAGAGAAAGAGAAAUUAAAGGAGGAGUUAGUUGAACCCGCUCAGAAUACUCAACCGCUAGAAGAAGAUAUCGAGAGUCUCAUUUCGUCCAAUAAAAUACCAGUACCAGGAGCUAAACCACCAGAAAUGGUGCAAAGUGACUGUUCAGAAUCUGACAUGGCAACUGACGAAACACCCCUCAUACCAAUAGACAAACAGACAGAAUUACGAUAUUUACUCCAGAAACAAAACAACCCAGCACAGUUCCAACACAAACCAAACUUGACACAGAAAAACAGAAACAUCCUGAAAGUCCAGAAUGUUGGUAUACAGAAGAUCGGACAGCAAAACAGAAUCCACGAAAAGAACAGCAAGAGAAUACAGAAGUUAGGUCAAAUUGUAGUACAUAAAGAAAAAACGGCCAAAAAGGAGGGAGAACUGGAAAUAUUCGAUCCAGACAAAGCAAAGGAAGCUCCUAUUAUCAAAAAUAUCUCACUCAAUGAUGAAUGCACAAUUGAAACAAUACCAAACAAGAAACCAGCUGAUAUAAACACACUUAAAAACAAAUGGCAGUUGUCGGAAAGUUUCAGUCAAGUGAAGAAAAAUUUGAGUGAGCUAUCAAAGAAGUUAGUUGAUAAGGAACCAAAGAAAUCUUCAGAUUCGAAAUACUCGAAUCCGGUCAAGCGGUUGGAGACGAAUCCAUCGAUUUCGGUGCGGGAAUUAUUCCCCGGUGAGGAAGAAAUGAACUUGCAGUGUAAUAUAGAAUUCAAUAACGUAAAAGGCGUCACGCCUGAAGGUUGGGAGAAGUGCAACACUGUGAUCCAAUAUGAUGUGGAGACUAAAAAGCUCUGGAACGAGUUGCAGCGGCCAUACGGAAACCAAUCGAGUUUCCUGCGCCAUUUGAUCCUUCUAGAAAAGUAUUUCAGGAGUGGCGAUUUGGUCCUAUCUCACAAUGCGUCUCCCCACGCCGCUAAUUAUAGCACUUCGGUACAGAGUAGGUUGCGAGCCUACGACAACGUGACCGUUGAACCGUCCAAACCAACGAGCCUGAUCGAGUUCCGAAAGAAACCGUCAAUGAACGGCAAAAGCUUGUUGAAAUCGAGUCAGAACUCGGAGACGAAAAAGUUCAUGCCCCCACCAGAGUUUGCUAAACCUAAGCCCAAAGAAAAGAAGACUAAGCAAUUGCCUCCGGAAUUAAUUGCUAUAAAUACUCCUAAUGCUCAAGGGAGGAAGGCAAUACAGAAUGUAUUGCAUAAUAUUCAACAGUUGGUUAAGGGUGUGUCGGCUUCGGAUCCUACGGAAGUAGCGGCCGCGCCUCUACCGACGCCUAAGGUAGAUAAGGAAAAGAAAGAAUCAAAGGCAGACAAAGAGAAAAAAGAAUCGCCUGCGCCAAAAGAGAAAGAUAAGAAAGAAGGGAAAAAAGACACACCUAAAAAGCAGAAGGGGGGUUGGAGGCCUACCCUAAUGCCAAUUACUCCGGAGAACCUCGCGAAGAUAGCUCGUGAGCCACUCAAAACAGCGGUCGACGGCCACAACUUGCCCAGCCUCGUGCAAGUUUUAUCGGCCGGCAAUCGCUACCACAUCACCUUCGAAGACUACAACAAAAUGUGUCUCAUCCGCCGCGAGCGGCAGCAGCGGCUGCAAGAGAAAGAAGCCAAGACCAAGCGACCCUCCACCGAAGAGACCACCGUCGUGACGGAGAUACAAACCUCAGCCAUGCUGGGCAACGGAGGCACGGUCGUGCAAAACAUCACCACAGACAAAGAGCUGGACAAGAAGGAAGAGCUACAGCUACAGAUCGGAACAAACGCAGCGACGAUACUGAAGAACCUCCUAACGGCCGUAUCCAUCACCAGUGAAACGAUACAGAGCAGCCCCAUUAUCACAACGAGUCCAGUUGUGCUACCGAAGAUUCCUAAAUCGUUAACAGUCAUACCACAGACGGUGGUGGGCAACCAAGUGGUUCCCGUAGUGACCACCGCCCCGUCUCAAAUUGAGCCGAGACCAUAA